AUGUCCGCUGAACAAAGCACCCUUACCAACACCGCUAUCAACUCCGGCAUCAAUGGCAAGGCCCCUCAGCAGCCCCAUGCCUUAGUCGACGUCCAGCCUCCCAGACUGUCUGAUCUGCAGCCGCGGUACGCAUCGACAAUCCAGCACGAUGACAGCAGCCCAGAAGCGCACGGGUGGUAUGCGUCGUUUAAGCACACAAUUGGAGAAUGUAUUGGAGGCCUGGGAGUUAUCCCCUGUUGUCCUUGCCCGAACCCCUUCAGGCCCGUUCAGCAAGGCGAAGUCGGUUUGGUGACGCGAUUCGGCCGUUUCGAGCGCGCAGUAGACCCCGGACUCGUCAAGGUCAACCCGUUGAGUGAGCGCCUCAUCACAAUCGACGUGAAGAUCCAGAUCGUCGAAGUGCCUCGCCAGAUUUGCAUGACCAAGGACAACGUGACCCUGAACCUGACCUCCGUUAUCUACUACCAAGUCGUCUCGCCCCACAAGUCUGCAUUCGGUAUUUCCAACAUCAAGCAAGCACUCGUCGAGCGUACCCAGACCACACUGCGACAUGUCAUCGGUGCACGCGUUCUCCAGGAUGUGAUCGAACGCCGCGAGGAGAUCGCCCAGUCAACAUCCGAAAUCAUCGAGGAGGUGGCCGCUGGCUGGGGUGUCAAUGUCGAGUCCAUGCUUAUCAAGGACAUCAUCUUCAGCGAUGACCUUCAGGACUCGCUGUCAAUGGCCGCUCAGUCCAAGCGUAUUGGUGAGAGCAAGGUCAUUGCCGCUCGUGCUGAAGUCGAGUCUGCCAAGCUCAUGCGCCAGGCUGCCGAUAUCCUAUCCUCCGCCCCUGCUAUGCAGAUCCGAUACCUCGAGGCGAUGCAAGCCAUGGCCAAGACAGCCAACAGCAAGGUCAUCUUCCUUCCGGCGCCGAACCAAAGCAUGCAGCAGCAGCUGGCAACUGCGGAGAAUGCCGGCGAAGGACCCAGCCGCUACGCAGCCCCGCAGAAUGACGAUGGAUUCCAGCAUGCGAUCAACGCCCGCGUGGUGGAGGACAUUUGA